CUCCAGCAGAUGAGGCCCAGGCGACCGCCUUUGCCCCCCCCCCCCCCCCCCCCGGGGCAAGUACAGGCUCUGCAGACCACACCUCCUCACACUUGCCCUGCACGCAUUGUACUACGAGCACGCGCAGCAUGUCGGACGCGGAGGCGCGCACGUUUGAAAUGGCAAAAGAAGCCAUCCUGUCCAUGCGAACGGACGGCACGCCGACGGACACGAUCCAGUUUUACAACCGAUGGGCCGAAACCUACGAGAAGGAUAUCGAACUGAUCGAGUUCCGGGCACCCGCGAUGGCGGCGCAACGAGUCUCCGCCCUUUUCAGCGGCGACCGGCGAGCGGCGGCGGUGUUGGACGUGGCCUGCGGCACGGGCAUGGUCGCCAAGAUGAUGAAGCGGGAGGGAUUCCAGAACUUUGUGGGCGUGGACUGCAGCCCGGGGAUGCUCGAACAUGCCCGACACAGCGGACUGUACAGGGAGCUCAAGAUGGCUGUGCUCGGAGACCAGCCGCUUCCCUUCGCGUCAGAUCAAUUUGACAUUGUGGUUAUAACCGGCGCGCUGAGUGCGAGUCACCUUCCGGCGGACGUGAUCCGAGAGCUGUGUCGGGCUGCCAAGCCGGGAGGCCUCGUCUGCAUGACCGGCAAGUGUGACGGUCUGAACCUCGGCUACAAGGCGGCCAUGGAGGGCGAGAUGGAACGAAUGGAGGACCAAGGACUGUGGCGCCGCGUCGACGUGACCCACGUGACCGAGUGGCAGCUCGGGGUGACCGAGGACGAGACGGGAUACAUCCCUGGAUGUGUGUACGUCUUUCAGAAGCUCUAAAACACUGCAGUGGUCCAGUCGGGCUUGACCAGUCGUAUACACUUUAGCGGUAUUUGCCUAAUGAGUGUGUCGCUUAAAGAAACUGAUCUGGAAUAAAUGUCAU